AUGGUCGGCCUCCAAGCAGAGAACCUUUCCGUCAACGACGGCCCCUUGACCCAAGCAAACGCAACCCUCCUCCGCCCCUCAUCCCCAAGCCUCCCCCUCGCCGAACUGCGCGCCCGCUACGAAGCAGACGGCUACCUCUUCCUAAAACAAGUCCUCCCACGCGAAGACGUGCUAUCCGCCCGCGAAUCCUAUUUCACCUCACUAGAAUCAACAGGCGUUCUGAAACCCAAAACCGCACCGGUGGAAGGCAUUUUCGACCCGGCAAAAAGCCAUCUCGACUACCCCGGUAUUGGAGCCGGACAUGUCGGCGGGAAUGGUAAGCCUGGUGGUGAUCGGGCGGCGGCGUUUGUGGAUCUCGCCCUAGAUGCUCACUAUCAGGAUUGGUAUGCGGAGAAAUUCUGUCGUCAUCCUGCGCUUUAUGAUUUUGUUGCGAGGCUUACUGGGUGGGGGGAUGAUACGCUUAAUUUGCGCAGGACGCUUUUGAGGAAUAAUAUUCCUGGAUCGAAACCUAUUGGCGUGCAUUAUGAUCAGAUCUUUUUGAGGUAUGGGGAACCGACCAGUGUUACUGCUUGGGUUCCGAUGGGGGAUAUUAAGAUUAAUGGUGGUGGGUUGAUUUAUUUGGAGGAUGGUGAUACACUUGGAGUCGAACUUGAACAGGCUUUCUUCAAGAAGGCGAAGGAUGCUGGACUUUCUGAUGAAGAGGCCAAGUCGGCUUUCAAUACAAACAUGAUGUCUACGGGUUUGCUCUCUGAGUUCCCGGUUGGUUUUGCAAAGGAACAUGGCCGGCGUUGGUUGGUCUCGGCUUAUGAAGCUGGCGAUGUUGUAUUGCACAAGCCACACAUGAUUCAUGCCUCAACUAUCAACAACGAUCCUGACAAUGUCAUUCGUCUCGCGACUGAUCUUCGGUUCUGUGACUCGUCCAAGCCUUACGACAAGAGAUGGAUGAACUCGUAUCGCUUUGGUGAUGGUGUAUAG